GCGUGGUGUACAGCGAAAUGGAGUCCUGCGAGCGGACUUGUUCGAGCGUUUGCUCAAGACAGCGACUCCAACGAAGACAGCAGCAGCAGCAGCAGCAGCAGCAGCAGCAGCAGCAGCAGCAGCGGCAGCAGCAGCAGCAGCAGCAGCAGCAGCCCCUCGACGCCCCUCCCCACCAUCACCUCCACCCCCCCCAACAACACCAGCAGCAACACCAGCAGCAGCAGCAGCAGCAGCAACCCCAGCAGCAGCAGCAGCAGCAGCAGCAGCAGCAGCAGCAGCAGCAGCACGCCGAAACGGACCAACAGCAGCAGCAGCAGCAGCAGCAGCAGCAGGAGCACGCCGAAACGGACCAACAGCAGCAGCAGCAGCAGCACGCCGAAACAGACCAACAGCAGCAGCAGCAGCAGCAGCAGCAGCACCAGGAGGAGCAGCAGGAGGAGCAGCAGCAGCAGCAGGAAGAGGAGGGUUUGGAGGAGCUGCUGGAGAGUCUGCAGCAGCAGCAAGGACUUGUAGUUGCGGAAAAAAUGCAAAAAGUAAUUUUUGAAGAAUCCAAAAAAGAAAAAAUAAAUUUAAAAAGAAUUAAAUUUAUUCUCCAAAGAGAUCUCAUGCAGUUCCAGUUCGCCCUCGAAACUUCCCCGCAUUCCACUCUGAUUGAAAUUAUAAAUGAGUAUUUUUUGUACGGCAGCAAACCCGAAGAGCUGCAGCAGCAAAUGGACCAGCCGAAGAUUGUUGCUGCUUUGCUGCAGCAGCAGGAGUCUUUUUGGAGCAGCUUUUUGCUGCAGUGGUUUGCUGCUGCUCCUGCUGCAGUGGUUAGCUGCUGGCCUUCGCGGCGGCUGCAGCAGCAGCAGGCAGCAGCAGACGCAGCAGCAGCAGCAGCAAUUCGCCACCAAGUCGGCAGCAGCAAACUGCAGCAGCUGCAGCACUAUAUUGCUGCUGUCAAAGCCAAACAAAGUCAAAAACCUCCGCAGCAGCUUUUAGACAAAAUCCCUUUUGCUGCUCUCGAUGCUGUGUCUCUCUUCAAGCCCGAUGUUGCUGCUAACUUCCCUCUCCCUGCUGCAGCAGCAGCAGCAGCAGCAGCAGCAGCAGAAGGCGGGGACGAAGAAGCAGCAGCAGCAGCAGCAGCAGCAGCAGCAGCAGCAGCAGAGAAGAUACAGGGCUGCAGCAACUUGCUGCUGCUGCUGACGAGCAUUCCUUCGCAGUUUGUGUCUCUUUGUUUAGUUGUGCGAAUGCCGCAGCACUGGAGCAGCAAGCAGCAGCAGCUGCUGCUGCAGCUGCUGCUGCUGCUGCAGGAGUGCGACAUAGAAAUAACCCGCAAGGAAGCCAAAAUGCUGCAGGUGGAAGACGACAUCAUUGAAGAAGGCGUUGCUGCUGCUGCUGCUGCUGCAGCAGCAGCAGCAGCAGAAGAAGGAACAGCAGCAACAGCAGCAGCAGCAGCAGCAGCAGCAGCAGCAGCAGAUGAAGAUGAGACCCCUGUGCGGCUGCCGCACUCUGUGCUGUCGAAGCUGCUGCUGCAGCUAACUACGGGCCACAGCGUGAGCUGUGGGGCGAGCAGCAGCAGCAGCAGCAGCAGCAGCAUCGGGUUUGCUGCUGGGGCCUUCCGGGAGCUCGUGUCAGUGCAGCUAACUGCUGCUGCACACAACUUCGAGCUGCUGCUGCUGCUGCUGCGGGCGAUUUGCUGCUGCGUCUGCAUCGAGGCUUCUCGGGUGUAUGUACAGCUCAAGAAGCAGCAAAAGCAACUCCUGAGACUCAAAAGAAAACCCAACUAUUUGCUGCUGCAGUUGGCAGCAGCAAUUUGGUUCGACAGAGCAGCAAUGGUCAACCUCGCGGGCUGGGGCAGCAGCAGCAAAGCCACUGCAGCAGCAGCAGCAGCAGCAGCAGCAGAGGCAGACGAAAAGAAAGCCGACGCAGCAGCAGCAGAAACCGCCACGCCAGCAGCAGAAACAGAGCCCGCUGCAGCAGCAGCAGCACCAGCAGCAACAGCAGCAGAUGCAGCAGACGCAGCAGCAGCAGCAGCAGAUGCAGCAGCAGCAGCAGCAGAUGCAGCAGCAGCAGCAGCAGCAGGAAAGGCCGCCUUCAAGGCUUACCUCAAAGAACUAACUGAGGUGUAUCGACAGCUCUUUGCAACCCCACAAAAGCUGCUGCACAUAACAGCAGAUAAAAAUUUGCUGCCAAAUAAUUUUAUUGAAAAGAUAAAUGGACUUUUUAAUUCAAAUAAUAAGUCCAACAAAGACAAUAAGCAGCAGCAAACAGCAGCAGCAGCAGCAGCAGCAGCAGCAGCAGCAGCAGGAACGGAGCCCCUGCACAGCUUCCUCGACAUUCGGCUCGCAGCAGAAGAUAAAGUUGGAAGGCAACCAGCAGCAGCAGCAGCAGCAGCAGCAGAGGAUCCAGCAGCAGCAGCAGCAGCAGCAGCAGCAGCAGAACCCGAAACACUAGCGCCGGCAGAACCCGCAGCAGCAGCAGCAGCAGCAGCAGCAGCAGCAGCAGCAACAGCAGCAGCAACAGCUCGGGUGGUUGUGGGGCUGGGCUGCAGCAGCGCGUCGGUUUGUGGUUUAGGGCUUUUGUUCCGCGCCGUGCGCGGCGGGGGUUUUGCCUACGGCUGCGAUUUGUGUUAUGACGCUGACGGGGGUUUACUGUCUUUGAAGUUGGCCCCAGCAACAGACCCUGUUGGAGCUCUGGCUGCAGCGCUGAAGGCCUUUCGCCCCUUCGCCUUCGGUGAAGAAGAAUUUGCAGAAGAAGAAAUUAAAGCUGCCAAGUCUUGUUUGGUUUGCGCAAUUGUCGGGUGA